AAUGAAUCGAUAGCCACAGCCGGCAGUCAGGUGUUCAGAUAGAGAUAUAAAUAUUUGUAGUGAGUAAAUAUCUCGCCAGAUUGAAGAUAUCUGAAAGAUGGAUGACUUGAGGGGAUUCUUGAGGCAAGCGGGACAGGAGUUCCUGAAUGCAGCCGGAGAUGCUGCGAUGGGAGCGGCCAAGGAAGUGGUUGGAUCGGUGAUCAACGAAAUCUUCAUCAAGAAGGAGGCCGACACCAAGAGAGUGCUGCCCAGCAUCAAGAACAUGAGAGUUCUGGGAGAAAAGAGCUCGAACCUGGGACCUUACUCCGAAGUGCAGGACUAUGAGACCAUCUUGAACAGCUGCCUUGCCAGCGGCUCACUUUUCGAGGAUCCACUCUUUCCGGCUUCAAAUGAGUCGCUUCAGUUUUCUCGACGUCCAGAUCGUCACAUCGAAUGGCUGAGACCUCAUGAAAUCGCCGAGAAUCCGCAGUUCUUUGUGGAGGGCUAUUCCCGGUUCGAUGUGCAACAGGGAGAACUUGGAGAUUGCUGGCUGUUAGCUGCCACCGCUAAUUUGACCCAGGAAGCAAAUCUAUUCUUCCGUGUAAUCCCAGCUGAGCAGAGUUUCGAGGAGAAUUACGCUGGCAUAUUCCAUUUCCGCUUCUGGCAAUAUGGUAAAUGGGUGGAUGUGAUUGUUGAUGACCGCUUGCCCACUUAUAAUGGGGAACUGAUGUACAUGCACUCCACGGAGAAGAAUGAGUUCUGGAGCGCUCUGCUGGAAAAGGCUUAUGCCAAACUUCACGGAUCAUACGAGGCUCUGAAGGGAGGCAGUACUUGCGAGGCCAUGGAGGACUUUACAGGUGGUGUUAGCGAGUGGUACGACCUGAAGGAAGCCCCCGGCAAUCUGUUCACCAUUCUGCAAAAAGCAGCUGAUCGCAAUUCCAUGAUGGGUUGCUCCAUUGAGCCGGAUCCCAAUGUCACAGAGGCGGAAACUCCCCAGGGUUUGAUUCGUGGCCACGCUUACUCUAUUACCAAGGUCUGCCUUAUUGACAUAGUAACGCCCAAUCGUCAGGGCAAGAUUCCCAUGAUUAGAAUGCGCAAUCCUUGGGGCAAUGAAGCUGAGUGGAAUGGACCUUGGAGUGAUAGCUCCCCUGAGUGGCGAUACAUACCUGAGGAGCAGAAGGCGGAAAUUGGACUUACUUUUGACAGGGAUGGAGAGUUCUGGAUGUCCUUCCAAGAUUUCCUCAAUCACUUCGAUCGCGUGGAGAUUUGCAACUUGUCGCCAGACUCGCUGACCGAAGAUCAGCAGCAGAGUGGCAAGCGAAAGUGGGAGAUGUCCAUGUACGAGGGCGAGUGGACACCCGGUGUAACGGCCGGAGGUUGUCGCAAUUUCCUGGACACCUUCUGGCACAAUCCCCAGUACAUCAUCACGCUGGUCGAUCCCGACGAGGAGGACGAAGAGGGACAGUGCACCGUGAUUGUGGCCCUGAUGCAGAAGAAUCGCAGAUCGAAGCGCAACAUGGGAAUGGAAUGUCUGACCAUUGGUUUUGCCAUCUAUAGUCUUAACGAUCGCGAGCUGGAGAAUCGUCCGCAAGGCCUGAACUUCUUCAGGUACAAAUCAUCGGUGGGCCGAUCGCCUCACUUCAUCAAUACCCGCGAGGUAUGCGCUCGCUUUAAACUACCUCCUGGCCACUACCUGAUUGUGCCUUCAACCUUCGAUCCAAACGAGGAGGGAGAGUUCAUCAUUCGAGUGUUCUCAGAAACUCAAAAUAACAUGGAAGAGAAUGAUGAUCAUGUGGGUUAUGGCGGCAAAGGCGAUACGAUAUCACCAGGAUUUCCUACACCCAAGCCAUUGGAUCCUCAGAAGGAGAGCUUGCGACGUUUGUUCGACAGCAUUGCUGGCCAAGACAUGGAAGUGGAUUGGAUGGAGUUGAAGCGCAUUUUGGACCAUUCGAUGAGAGACGACUUACCCAAACCUGUUGUUUUCAACCGUUUCUCCAACACCAACGCAUUUGAGACCCAGGCUUCAGGUCCUGGAGAAGAUGGGGCCGGCGCCUGUGGUCUUUUGUCCCUGAUUUGCGGGCCAUUUUUGAAGGGAACACCAUUCGAGGAACAGUUGGGAAUGAAUGAUCAGUCGAACAAGAGGCUAAUAGGGGACAAUCCAGCCGAUGGUGGACCUGUAACAGCUAAUGCUAUUGUGGACGAGACCCAUGGCUUUUCCAAAGAUGUUUGCCGCUCCAUGGUGGCCAUGCUGGACGCCGAUAAGUCAGGCAAGCUGGGCUUCGAAGAGUUCGAGACCUUGCUUUCGGAUAUUGCCAAAUGGAAGGCCAUCUUCAAGGUUUACGACGUGGAGAACACGGGCAGGGUGUCAGGAUUUCAGCUUCGAGAGGCACUCAACUCUGCUGGCUAUCAUCUGAACAAUCGCGUUCUCAAUGUUUUGGGUCAUCGAUAUGGCUCUCGCGAUGGCAAAAUAGCCUUUGAUGAUUUCAUUAUGUGUGCAGUUAAAAUUAAAACUUAUAUUGAUAUCUUCAAAGAGCGUGACACUGAGAAAAACGAAACAGCUACGUUUACAUUGGAAGAAUGGAUUGAACGCACAAUAUAUUCUUAAAGGACAAUAUUUUAUAUCUAAGUUAGAGAAUCAAAUCGAACAAAUGUUUAAAUGAAAUCUCCUAAUGGUAAUCUCCAAUAUGUUUCUUUAUAAAGUACAAAUCAAACUACACUUCCAAAGAAGUUUUCAUUCAACUGUAUAAUCACGUUAAUGUAUUUACAUGUCAAUAAGUGAUGUUCACCGAAUUUAUUGAAUCGUUGACCCAGAAUUCUUAUUUACUUACCCUAUAAAAACGCCUUAUUUACAUUUGAAUAAGGAAUUAUAACUUGAGCCAAUGUUAACUUAUUAAAGGAAUCCAUAU